UUUGCUUGACUUAGGCCUCAAGAGGUCGCAUCAAAUGAUCCAUGGUUUUAUCGCUAAAUUGAUUAAGACACUCCACGAAUAACCUCAAACACGUAAAUAGAUCAAAAUUCAAGCCGACCAGAUCGAUUGCAUCUCGGUAAGGAGGCGUAGGAGGACAUGAUUCACGAGGCCCAUAAAGGAAAUUAAGUUAGCUGCUUCACUUGGAUGAAUGUCAGUGGCACGGUCCACUUUUGAAAUUCAAACUUCUUCAUUCGAGAGUCGAGAACGAAUUUAUCUGUAGAAUUCUUUUCGUAAUUUAAGGUUUCAUAUUUUGUUUGCUUUAACUUCUGGAGAUUAUUUCUUCAGUGUAAAUCAUCUAUUUGCUCUCAAGACUUCCGAUCUCACUAGCCUUGAGUGGUCUUCAAAACUUCCUAAGAUUUAUGGCCAUAUUGGCUCCUCUCCAGUUGGCUAUGUAUCUUGCGCUAUUCUUGUUUCUGUACCUUCCGACAAUAACGGCAGCGACAGAGAAAACAUGUAGUCACCGCGACAGCAAUCUUGCAUGUUAUGAUUCACCAAGUCUUCACACAAAGGAAAAGUAUUAUCCAGAACAUCUCUGUUCAUCAAGUCAUGAACAGUGCGCAAACCACGAAGACAGACAGUUUCCCGUGGAUCCUCGCUUUCAAGGGGUUUAUACAUUCCCAGUUAAGAAACUGCCAAGAAUGAACUGCUUUGAACCAGAGGCCAUGAAAAUGAUUGAUAACGGGCUUCCAGUGAUCCUAGAAAACUGUUCUUUCGCCAGUUCAGCUUACAAGUGGGAUUUAGAUUACCUGGAUGAAAAUCUCCGUGAUAAAGGCCACAUCGCGUACAUCUCGAAGCAAAGGCGCUUCCUUUACUUCGACGAGGACAAGAUGAUUGACCGGUACGAGGAUUGGAAACCACCCCAUAAGAAGAUGAUCACUUAUUUCCAUGAGUUUAUGGAGUUGGUGAAGGAUUUACAGAAAUCGAACAAUGGAACACUCUCGUAUUUCCAGUCCCCGCUGUACAUCAUAGAAGGUGUGAGCAAGUCGUUAGUAGAAGAUAUCAACUCGUUUGACUAUCCCUGGUUGUUGGAUAUCGUGACAAGACUUGGCUGGGGAGAUAAAGUGAUUAAUUUAUUACUGAUUGGUAUGACUGAUGUUGUCACUCCUACUCACUAUGAUGUACUGGAAAACUUCUUUGUACAGAUUGCAGGUCUUAAACGCGUCAUCCUUUUUAGUCCAGAAUACUUCAGAUGUCUGUAUCCUUACCCAGUGGGACACCCACAUGACAGACAGUCACAGGUAAAUUUUGACGAACCUGAUUUUGAAAGAUUUCCAAAGUUCAAAGAGAUUGAAGGUCUAGAAGCCGUCGUUGGACCUCGAGAUGUGCUGUACAUCCCAACAUACUGGUGGCACUAUGUAGAAAGUGAACACAACAGCAUGACUGUGUCGUUAAACUUUUGGUUUGAUCCAAAGAACCAAACUUUAGGCAACCAAACAUCGACGUCUGCGUUAUCUAGUAGUGACAGUGAACAAACAGCCGAAGAGAAAGACACACUGACAGAAAAAGAACUCCCAAAGAAAAUAGAGAUAACGCCGACCCAGGAACUGGCAUUAAAGAGAGAGAUUGAAAGUAUUAUUCAUGAGAACACAAGAGACCAUGAAAAGGUUCGAAGAAUCUUGAAAGAAAUCUUAUCAGGACGUUUUGAUUUCUUGGACGCAAGUUAAUUCAAGGAAUCAAACACACAGGACUAAUGUUAACUCCAAUAUCUAUUGCUCUAAAUGGAGCUUUUUGGCUUGUGCUUAAGGUAUUCAAUUUUAGACCAAAUGUCAUUCCCUUGAGUAUUAUUGCUAUAAUUGCCAGUAGCCCUUGAGAAAAUUCAUUGAUAAAUAAAGACCACUAGCAUAUUGCAAGAGCAGCUCUAUUUGGAGAAAAACAAGAUAUUUUUUUGCUGUUGAGAAUCGUGGGCUCGAACUGAAAGAUCACGUGACACUAUUUUCCAUUCAGCACAUCUCCCCGUACGAAACUCAAUAAAUAUUCAAUUUAACCAUGACCUGAAACUUAGCUUCACCUUUCUAUUAAUAUCGAGGUGAUUUCAUUUUCUGGGGUUCUUGUAAACUAAAGAGCUUGGUUUAAGGUGGUAGGGUCACGUAAUCUCUUAGCGCAAGUCUCAAAUUGAAAUUUAUUGUAUGGUCUUCCAUAUUAAGCUGCUUUGGAAUUUGCUGGAAGGAGUCUAUAGAUCCGGACUAAAAUAGAUGAUCAUAAAAAAUUUAUAUUUCUAUUGAAGAGAAUGACUCUUGGUCGAAUGUAAAAGCAUUGAGCCCAAGCCUAAAGGGUCUAAAAUGAGGUCAUGCAAAAUAAGUAAAACUUAAUUUCAACAAAGUAGUAACAAAAUAACACAAACGUACGAUUCCCUGGUGGCAGAAGUAAUGAAAAGUACAUAACAAUGGAUAGAAUAUAUAAUAUAGUUUCCCAAAUUUAUUUUCGUAGAAACUUUAAGUCUUGUUUUUCACGCGCGCAAUAUGAUGACGCACGGGAGUAGGGUAAGGCGAAAUUUAAACUGCAUCCGGUUACUAAAAAUAGCCCACCCGGGAAUACAUGGCGCGCGCGGUAUUAAGAAGUUUCCCUCUCUUAUUUCUGCUCUCUCGCUAGAAAGCUAACUAAGCAAAUCAAGUAAAUAAUUUGUUUAAAAGUCAGUACAUUCGUACGGAAAUCCGAGAACGAUGUCUGAACUUCUUGGUCGUAUAUGGAUGGCUUGCGGGAAAUCAUUACUCCCAAGUUAACUUAACUUGAACUUAGCAAAAGAAGCAAGAAAUGAGAGUUAUAUAAAGUGGUUCGUAGAAUAUUGCUGCUGAGUGUGCAUUGACUAUAGUACUUCAUCGUGUACCGGCCGGUCUACCAUAAGCGCUGCUCACAGAAACACUGUAGUUUAAUGCUCAUCAAACCAAGCAUUCUAUACUUUUUCAGUUGUGCUUUAGGAAAACGACAGAUUGAUAGUUCGGUAAACGACUCUAGACAGCAAAAAAUGCAAAUUGUCUGUAGCAUAAAAAUGUAAAUAAUGUAUUCGGAUGAAUAAAUA